AAGACGUUUGCGGGAGUUUUUUGUGCGCAUCUUUCUGCGCAAUCGAAGCUCUUCAAUCGAAGGAGUCUGGUAAAAUGGGAAGGAAUGUUGGUAAAAUCAGGUGGCAAAUGCUGGCCGGGCCAAAGGACAAUUAUAAUUUAUGAAAGGCAUAUCAUUUUCUUUGUUUUUAUAAAAAAAGAAUAAGAUAAUAAAAUUUUAAUUUAUCUGAAAAUUUCAGUUCAAUUAUAUAGGUAUUUUGUAAGAAAUUUGAAAAAAAAUAAAAUGUGCCCGGUUGUAAAAAGGUGCCUCAUUUUACCAGGACACACAAAGAUGGCGCCGUAGAGAUCUGACAUCGUCUGUCAAGCGGUCGAAACAUGUUGAAAAUGACUGAUCGCGAUCGAGUUGGGGGGAGAUUUGUGAAAAAGGGUACAAUGAAUAGAAGAUUAAACAUGAUGAAGAUACGUGAGGCUACUGUGACUCAAAAUGUUGCACAAACAGAAGGGCACACAUGUGAAUCGAAUGAUGAAUCAUGGAGAAAAGGGAGGCGAAUCGUUGAGUUGGAUCAUAUGGCGAAACAAAUGAACUGUUGGGAUUGUGGGCACACACUGACUUUAAAUAACAUCGUAAAUGAAAGGCGUCAAGGGUUUGCUUCAAACCUGACUAUUACCUGUGAGUGCGGUGUUCUGAAUGAAGUAACAACUGGCAAGUCACACAGAGUUAAUAAACGCGGACCUGCUGUGUUUGACAUAAACACAAAGGCAGCUUUAGGUAUGCUUCAUAGUGGAUCCGGGCACACACAGGUCACCAACUUUAUGUCUUCCAUAGAGAUAGAGGGUAUGCACCAUAGAACUAUGAAAGCCCGUGAGUGUGAAGUGGAGCCACAUAUCCAAUCUGUUGCCCAGCAGUCAUGCAGUGAGGCCUUAUUGGAGGAAAUACAGGGCAAUGUAUCAGCAAGAAGUGUAAAUGAAUCCAAUGACGGUCAGCAGGCUCGCAGCUCUGGGGAGUUUAAGUACGACAUGGGAUGGCAGAAGCGUGGGUCAGGAAGGGCCUAUAACAGUAAAUCUGGAGUGGGAACAUUAAUCGGCAACAAGUCCGGGAAAAUAUGUGGCUUUGGUGUUCGAUCAAAGGAUUGUCGCAAAUGUUCCUUUCAUACAAAUAUGGGGAAAACUCCUCCAGAACAUAAGUGCUGUAAAAAUUGGGAGGGCUCGUCAAAAGCAAUGGAGAGUAACGUUGCAGUUGAAUUAGUGAACAAAAUUGAAAAAGAAAAUGUUGAAGUAUCAGUGUUAGUUAUGGAUGACGACUGCACAACAAUGACACGAAUCAAUGAAGAAAUUCCACAUCCGGUGAUCAAAUGGAGUGACAUUAGUCACACUAAAAAGCAUCUUGGUAACAGUUUAUACCAACUACAAAAGAAACACAAGAAUUUCAACAACAAUUGUGUCAAGUAUUUUCAAAAAUGCUUCUCUUACGCUAUUGUACAAAAUAAAAAUGAUACAGAAGCAUUAAAGAAAAACCUAAAGCAAAUAGUGCCACAUGCUUUUGGAGAGCAUGACCAGUGUGACUCAAAAUGGUGUACUUAUAAAACUAAUCCUGAAGAGUUCCGCCACAAGUCCCUUCCAUCUGGAAAAGAUCUACAGGGUGAUGAAUUAAAAAAUGACCUGAACAUUAUAUUUGAAACAUUUAUCAAUAAUGCUCACAAGAUUUCCCCUGCUGCAUCUACUAGAGAUGUUGAAUCAUUCAAUAAUUCAAUUGCUGCAAAAGCCCCCAAAAGACUGCACUAUUCUUCAUCAUCUAGUUUGCAAAAUAGAGUUAGUUGUGCAGUAGCAGAGAAAAACAUGGGCUCAACAUACGUCAACAAAGUUAACGAACUGGUGGGUGUUUCGCCUGGACGAGUUUUUCAAAAACUUGCAGAAAAAAAAGACAAAACGCGCAAACGCAGACUCGCGUAUGAAAAUACAAGAGAAUUCAAAAAAAGAAAACUUGAAAGAAAAUUAAAAAACAGUACCAUGAAUUCCGCUUCUCAAAUUCGGGAAGGAGUAACUUAUCAGUCAUCUGUUGAUUUGACACAAUCUGACGGCGAGUUUGUCAAAGAAAUACCUGCUCCAAGCAUUGUACCAACUGUCACUCCAUGUAUAUUACCAAAGAAAUAUACCUUUGUGUAUUGUGACAUCGAAACAACAUCUCUUAAUAAAACGUGUGAUAUCAUUCAGAUUGCGGCUGUUUCAGAAAAUGGCAAGUUUUCGAAAUACAUCUUACCUAGUCAACGAAUUUCAACAGCAGCUUCUCAAGUCACUGGACUGACUGUUCAUGGAAAUGUUUUGCAUUUGAAUG